AUUUUGCCCGAAAAUUUUAUAGUAUUUAUCAAAAUCUGAAACUAUUUCUAUUUCCUUUAAGCAAAAACGUGAUCAGUCGAAAUUACCAAAACGCAAAUCUAUAGUAUGUCUCAGGAAAGUGCCAUAGUAUUUGCGAUUUUCUACGCUUUGCUGUGCUUCUGCAUUGUUUAUCCAUCGACCGAGUUCGUAUCAGCUGGACUAACGGUUGAUCAUGUUUUCUCGUCCACCUUGGGAUCGGAAGCAAUUACUUUCGUUCAACAUCACAUACGGCGCACGAGUCUGAAUCUCAUGAUACAUUCGCUGCUUCCGGUUAUAUACAUACGGGUCUACCAUAUGCAGUUUGCUGCUGAUAACGACAACGUGGAAGAAAACUACGUAACAAAUCCUUACUCGUCAGUGUGGACAUUCCUUAUUGUUGCAGCCGUGCUUCUGCCUGGCCUUGUGGCGGCUGCCAUUUAUUAUUGGUCCAGAAAUCAGUGGCAAAAUCAUCCAAUUGCCCGACAGCUGGCCAAAUUUGCUCGAUCGGAAGAUCGUUUCGCAGAUUGGCGAGCAGUGGCUGGCAGUAUAAACGACGAAUUCCGCAGGGACGAUAAGCUAGUCAUUCGAAUGAAUCCGAUCUCGCGUAUAGUAGCAACGGAAAGCUGGAUUAUCAAAACCAGCUCCUAUUGGAUUAAUAUAGCACAACAAAAUGAAGCCACCCUGGUGGCUUAUAAGAGUGACUCGCACGUUAGUCAGGAUGCUUUCGAAACUGUGCAGUACGUUAAUAUUGCCGUUAUACCCGUUCGAAAGGAAAUAAAGGAGUUCUCCAUUCGAAUCAACGCAUUAGAUUUUAAGGAUUUGCAAGAUCGCAUCAGUCGUCCGAUAACGAUACUUUCUAGUGUAAAAUUUCAUCGAUCCGUUCUCGACCGUUUCGUAGAUGUUUUCAAAGAUCAAGUUGCACAAAAUCCAAUCUACCAACUGGAGGGCCAGUUCGUGCUGGAUAGUUCAGACAAUUGCCUAGCAUGUAUGCAGGCUAGACCAAAUAUUAAAAUCUACAAAAACUGCUUGGACAUCAAUGAAGCAGGGCAAACCUUAUCGUAUGCACACUGCUGUCAACCGUGCAACUGUCGACCGAUGUGGUGCAUCGAUUGUGUGGCCAAAUGGUUCGCAUCUAGACAGGACCAGUCCGAGCGAGAGUCGUGGCUGCAGCAGAAGUGCACCUGUCCGAUGUGCCGCGCUCGAUUUUGCGUUCUGGACGUGUGCUACAUCGAGGAAAGACAAUAAGUUUAUAUCUUAAAUCUAAUCCGGGACAGUUGCAUAUUGGUUUAACAAAACAAUGCAUGCUUUUCUUUUAACGAAUAAAAUUUGUUUUUACCU